AUGGUAGCCUCCCUGCGCCCGGCUUGGGACGUGGCCUGCCUGGACGCCUUCGACGCCCACGCCACGCUGCCCGCCUUCCUGCGCCAGCUGCUGGCGUACCAGAACCAGCACCGAGGGGCAGCCUCCUUGGACGGCCUCGUCGCCGCCGUGCUUGCAGUUCUGCAGGCGCCCUUGGUGCUCGUCGUGCACAACGUGGAGGAGCUGGCGCCGGCGCACCAGGCGGCUUUAAGCGCGUUGGCCAGGGAUCCCAACGUGCGGCUCGUGGCCUCCGUUGACCAUCUUUGGGCACCGCUGCUUUGGAGCAAUGACAUGCUGAAGGAUUUCAACUUCUGCAGGGAGGAGGUCCACACUGGCGAAAGCUAUGAUCUCGAGCUACGGGGCAAGUUUCCUGACAUGCCGAGUUGGUGUGACCCCUUCACUGUGGAGGUGGCAUCCAAGGUGAGCAUCGGCUUGGUGCUGAAGAGCCUCACCAACAACCACCGGGAGCUGGUGGAGGUCAUGGCGAAGAACCAGCUGGAAGGCAGGAAGGAAGGCAUUUCGAUGCCAGAUCUCUUAGCUGUGGCGGAGGAUCGAAUGAUCGCCUCCAACCUUACGAAGAUCAGGCGUCUCUUAAAUGAGCUGACGGAUCACGACAUUGUGGUGCAAAGGCAGGGUCAGGAUGGCACCACAGUCUACGUGCUGCCAGUAAAGCAGGCGCUGUUGAGGCGCUUGGCCCAGGGCGAAGUUCCCUGCGACGACGCUGAUGACAGGGAUGAGGACACUGACAUGGAGGACGCCUGA